CUUCGUCCCUGCAAUAGGGCCUGCUGCUGCCAAACCAGACUUGAUCUCAAAACUGGAACGUAGAGCUGCACCCUGGAUCAAGGACCCUAAUGGGCCAAAGUGGGGGAAAGGUCGUCCUCCAGGGAAAAAGAAGAUGGUGGCCAUAAGAGAGGCAGACACGCAGGCCUCGGCUAUAGAGUCUGCAUUUCUUCCAGCUCCUUCUGUGGAGACAUUUACCUCCUACUGUGAUUCCAGCCUUUGUGAAGUAGAAAUAGAUGGACCUAGGAAAAUCAAGAGGACUUACAGACCCCGUUCAAUUCAGAGGUCUUGGUUUGGGCAGUUCCCGUGGUUAGUACUUGACCCAAAUGAGACCAAGCUCUUCUGCUCAGCUUGCAAAGAAAGACCUAGUCUCCAUGACAAAUCGUCCCGGUUAGUCCGAGGUUACACGGGGCCUUUUAAAGUGGAGACUUUAAAAUACCAUGAAGUCAGCAAAGCACACAAGCUCUGUGUCAACACUGUCCAAAUCAAGGAAGACACCCCUCAGGCUGCCCUAGUCCCGGAGAUCUCCAGUGACCUGAUGGCGAACAUGGAGCACUUUUUCAAUGCCGCCUACUCCAUCGCAUACCACUCAAGGCCCCUUAAUGACUUUGAGAAGAUCCUGCAACUCCUCCAAAACACUGGCACCAUGAUUUUGGGCAAGUACCGAAAUCGUACUGCAUGCACUCAGUUCAUCAAAUACAUCUCUGAGACGCUGAAGAAGGAGAUCCUUGAGGAUGUCCGGAACUCCCCUUGUGUGAGUGUGCUGUUGGACAGCUCCACAGACACCGCCGACCAGUCCUGUGUGGGGAUUUACAUCCGCUACUUGAAGGAGCUGGAGGUGAAAGAGUCUUACAUCACCUUGGCCCCUCUCUACAGUGAGACAGUGGAUGGAUACUUUGAGACCAUCGUCUCUGCCCUGGAUGAACUGGACAUCCCUUUCCGGAAGCCUGGUUGGGUGGUAGGCCUGGGCACUGAUGGCUCACCCAUGUUGAGCUGCAGAGGAGGCCUUGUGGAAAAGUUCCAGGAGAUCAUCCCCCAGCUGCUGCCUGUCGAUUGUGUGGCUCACCGGCUGCAUCUGGCUGUGAUGGACGCUUGUGGGGGCAUCGACCUGGUGAAGAAGUGUGACCGGCACAUCCGAACCAUCUUCAAGUUCUAUCAGUCCUCCAACAAGAGGCUGAGUGAGCUGCAGGAAGGCGCAGCCCCCCUGGAGCAGGAAAUCAUCCGCCUGAAGGACCUGAACGCCGUCAGGUGGGUGGCCAGCAAGAGACGCACACUGAACGCGCUCAUCGUGAGCUGGCCCGCCCUGGCUAGGCACCUCCACAGUGUGGCGGAGGCUGGGGGCCAGACUGGGCAUAGGGCCAAAGGCAUGCUGAAGCUGAUGAAGAGCUUCCAUUUCAUCAAGUUCUGCCACUUCCUUUUGGACUUCCUGAGCAUCUACAGGCCUUUGUCUGAGGUGUGCCAGAAAGAGAUCGUGCUGAUUACAGAGGUGAACUCCACGCUGGGACGGGCCUAUGUAGCACUGGAGACCCUCCGUCACCAGGCAGGCCCCAAAGAGGAGGAGUUCAAUGCCAGCUUCAAGGACGGGCGGCUCCACGGCAUCUUCUUGGACAGAAUGGAGAUGGCAGAACAGCGGUUCCAGGCAGACAGGGAAAGAAUGAUCCUGACAGGGAUUGAGUACCUCCAGCAAAGGUUUGACACAGACCGUCCCCCGCAGCUCAAGAACAUGGAGGUGUUUGACACCAUGGCCUGGCCAAGUGGGAUUGAACUUGCCAGUUUUGGGAAUGAUGAUAUUCUUGCCCUUGCCAGAUAUUUUCAGCUCUCACUCCCCCCAGGAUACAGCGAGGAAGCACUACUGGAGGAGUGGCUGGGCCUGAAAGCCAUCACCAGGAACCUCCCAUUCUCCAUGCUGUGUAAGAACGCCCUGGCCCAGCACUCCCGCUUCCCCUUGCUGAGCAGGCUCAUGGCCGUGGUGGUUUGUGUGCCCGUCUCCACCUCCUGCUGUGAGCGGGGGUUCAGUGCCAUGAACCGGAUCAGGACCGAUGAGAGGACCAAGCUCUCCAAUGAGGUGAUCAACAUGCUCAUGAUGACAGCAGUGAACGGUGUGGCAGUCACAGAGUACGACCCCCAGCCCGCCAUCCAGCACUGGUACCUGACCUCCUCAGGCCGGCGUUUCAGCCACGUCUACACCUGUGCCCAAGUGCCACCCCGCUCCCAUGCUACACGAGGGGCGGGGCUCAGGAAGGAGAAGAUGGGAGUGCUCUAUAUGGAGGAGGCCAUGACUCAGAAGCCGCCCAUUCUGUCCUACAGGGAACCGGUGGAGAUCCUGAAGGACUGCAUUAUAGACCCUUCCAACAGACUCCUGUACCCCCACACCAGCCAAGGGGCCCCCGAGCUGUCCUGAUGUGAGCUCACGUGGGAGCAGGAAUCCGAGGGAUUGCCUUGGAGACCCCAUGCUGCCCUGCCCCUUGUGAUCACGGGGACAGCUCUCUGCAGAUUCUAGGCUGCCCUGGAAUCUUCGUCUGGUGGGGCCUCUCUAAGCACCAGGAAGGGGUCAGUGACAAGAUAGUUAAGCCCACAGCUCAGAGAGGCAGAGUAAUCGGGAGGCGCACAACCUGUUACCAAGGCGCCUCUCUAAGCAGGGCAGUGACCUCACAGCACUUAAAUACACAGAAAGGGUCUUAUCUCAAGUUCAUUUUUAAGGUGCUUCAGGAAAUAAUGCCACCAUGGGAUUGCCCUGUUCUAGUGGCAAGAGGACUUUCCUGAAGUGGGGGAGACUCUUGAGGGUAGAGGCUUAAAGGAGCACCCCAGCCCCUGGACAGUUGGGGACUCCCCAGGAAGGCUGCCCACCGCCUCAGGGGCACAGGGAAGGCACCUGGUGAGGGGCAGAGGAUGACCAGGCACUAGGGACAGCUGGUUUGGCUCUGGGAUCUGUCGCCCUGGCUCCAUGGCAGAAGCUGGGAAGCGUUGACUUCAUAUGGGAGACUCAUAUCAGGGAAUUUCUCUACCUCCUCCCAGGGCCUUCCUUUUGGAUGAGGCAAGCCAAAACCCUUUGCACAGAGCACUGGAGAACGGUUAUCCUCCUGCAGCCCCAGGACAGUGGGAGGAGCCUGAUGUCUGCCAGCAGUUUGGCUCUUGUGUAUGACCUGUGCCACGCUGAGCCCGGCUUCCUGAGGAGUGGCAGGGCCAAGCUAGCACGUGGGAGGCUUGGGAUCCAGCCCAGGUCUGCUGCAGGCCAUGAUUCAACCAUGGUUUUCCCUUCCUCUUUUCUGUGCCUCAGUUUCCCUCUCCAUGAAGUGGCAGCAGAGAAUCCCAGUGCCUGCUGGCUCCCAGUCUGCCACAGGACUGAUGAAGGACAGCGCCUCCAGCUCCAGAAGCACAGACCUCAGGCUGCACAGAGGACUUCGCUGCCUUCAGCCCUUGUCCUUGUCCCUGGCCACUGACGUCCUUAUUGGGGGCAGAGGUGCUCUCUCAGCGUGCCAUCAGCAUGCUGGUCUAGGCCACUCUUCCCCGAGGUGCUCUGGGAGCAUCUGGGAACCAGUAGGGGUGCUUGUUAACAUGAUCUGCCCCAGACCUGCUUCCUCAGAUUCCCGGGCCUGGGGCUCAGGGACUGGCUGGUUUCAGCAAGGUCUCCCAGGAACUUCGUGGGCCCACACAAGUUUGAGAACCACUACCCUGGAGGCACAGAAGGGUGUUCUGCUCGCCCUCACCCCAUCUCCCCUGCCACCCUGAAGUAAAGCACUUUUCCUUCCAGGGCAGCUUCGUUUGGUAGCCCUGGGCUGCUUCUCUGGCUGGGGAUGAUGUAGUGUCUGGGUUCCGCCUUCCUAACCACGGUGGGAACAAGGAGAGGUUAGAGAGAAGGGCUUCUGUGGUCUGCCUUUCACUUGCUUUAGACAGGCAGGAAGUAGUGCUCUGUCCCCGCCCUGCUGCCCGCCUCCAGGGUGGGUCCCUGCUCUGUGCUGCCAGUCUAGGCAGUCCCUCCCUCCACCAGCAGCCUGUCCACUUCCCAUUCCUAGAAGGUGCUGAGAGCCCCUGAGAGGCUGGUGUCCAAGUGUCUCACGAGGGCAGACCCCCUGCUUCCCAGGGCUUUUGACUCUCCAUUCCCCACACCCCACUGUUAGUACUUAGCCUCAGUGCCAUUGCUUUCCUGUUUUCUUCAGCUUCGAGCCAGGAAUUCCUUUCUUUCUGCCUUUUAACCUGUGGAAAUGUCUCUCUUCUAGCCUGUGCUCUGGGGUCUGAGGUGGACCUUGGGCCCUUGGAGCUAGAGCCCUGGCAGUGUUGCUGUCCACACGGUCAGGACGGAGCCCAGGCCAACAAUGCCAUUCACAUAAGUUUCCAUGGGGGUUCAGGAAUCUGCCCUCAGCCAGGUGCCCUGGGUGUGAAUUGGUGGGAUGGAAGAGAGAAAGGCCCUUUAAGUGGGGUAGCUCCCACCCUAUCACAGGGAUUCCAAAUGGAGGUGACUUUCCAGCAAGCACCUUCCUCAUGGCAUCUCCCAUCCUUUAAGAGUCCUCAGAGCAAGAGGCUAGUGCUGUGAGCAAUGCGGUGUGUGAGUCCACCCACACAGCUCCCUGCGAGGGUCUGGGCACUGAGGGGAGGCCAGGUGGGGACGCACCUGCCUCUCCACAUCUGUGCUCUGAGGAAGCCUCCAGUGCCGGCUUGUGAGAAAGUUGGGCCCUGGGAAGGGGCAACUGAAAAUGCUGUUCAUCACAGGGAUUUGCACGACUCAAGUUUCUGGAGGGGCGCAGGCAUGCUCUGGCUCCCCUUUGUUAGCAACAGCAAAGACAACGCUUUUGUGCUGGCCCCCAGGGCUGAGACAUGGUGAGCGCCCCACAGGAGACCCCUGGUCCAGGCUGGCCUCUGUAUUGUUUCAAGAGACUCGCUGCGUUUCAGACGCCAGGGCCUGGAGAUCCCGUUGUGGGAGAGGCUUCCUGUUUUUGCCUCACAAGAAGGCAAGCUGAAGGGUAUCAAGAAUAGAAGGAGCAAGCCUUCUACCUUUGGCCAGAGUCCUGGCCCUGGCUCCACCCUUCUUCCCUACCUGUAAUCUUUAUGGCAUCUCCAUGACCUGUCCCGGCCUUUCACAC